UUGGAGUUCCAGUUCCCGGGGGCUAUAAAAGUUGCCUGUCCAAGCGAAUCAAGUCAUAGUCCAAUUUGCUAGCUCAAAUCAAACUAAGCCAAUAUGUUCAAGCUGACUGCCCUCGUUGUCCUGUGCGCCCUGGUGGCCUCCUCCGUGGCUGAGCCCAAGCCCGCCGUCUUGGCCGCCGCUCCAGUGGUUGCAGCUGCUCCUGCGGGAGUCGUCACUGCAACCAGUUCGCAGUAUGUGGCCCGCAACUUCAAUGGAAUUGCCGCUGCUCCAGUUGUUGCUGCCGCUUAUACCGCUCCAGUUGCCGCUGCCUAUACCGCUCCUGUUGCUGGCGCUUAUACCGCUCCAGUUGCUGCCGCUUAUACCGCUCCAGUUGCCGCUGCCUACUCGGCUUAUCCCUAUGCCGCCUACCCAUACUCCGCCGGCUACACCACUGUUUUGUAAGAAAGAUUAGCAAGGACUCAAAACAGAUUCGAAAUGGACUAACAAUAGACCCAAAUGGAAAUAAAAAGCAAAAAAACUAAA